AUGCCAUUUCUCAAAGCAUCAGAGCCCGAGGAAGUUCGAGUAGAUAGGACGACACUACUUCGCUUCAGUGGUGCUCGAGCUGAUCCCUACACUCGCUUUGUAGCAUCCCUCAUUUUCCACGACAUCAAACUUUCAGUCAAAGGGCAGCGUAAUAUCAAUCAUGCAUUUACAAACCUACCAGUCUACGACUCGAUAGCCCCAGAUCGAAGAUUGGCAUUUGGGUGGGGCGAGGACAACGUGAUUCGAGAUAAAGUGAUCCAAGAAGGUCUUUCAUAUGAUCAUCUCGCCAUACUCACCGCACUGGGGGAAAACUUCCAUGAGGUAUACGGUGCGAAAGUCCUUCAAGCACUGACUUCCUCAAUCGCUGGCCCUAAAGAUAUGAAGCCGCAUUUCUCACAAUGGAGAGCUGCCAUGCACGCUUGCAACGGGCUAUUGGCAACCACAGAUUUUGGAAUUUUAGUGGAAGAGUACGUCCGUUUAGAUCCAUACAGAGUCAUGCUUGUCAAUGAUAUCGAGUCGAUCUUUCCACCAGCAACAAUCGCGGAAGCAUUGCAAGCACUGAUUCGUGUUAGUGCAAAUCAUGAAAAGCAAGUCACAUUCAUAGGUAGCGCUGUGAUUUCCUGGUUUGGAUCUGUGGCGGAAUGGCUCUGCGACCUUCGAGUAGCAGUCUACGAUAGCGCUGGGGCGCUCCUCCAUUCCACCCACAGAGGCCUGGAAGCCCAGGUGGUUUUGGUCUUUGUCGAAGCACCCGGUAUCAAAUUUUCAUUUGAGCCGUGGAAGGAGGACGCAGUUGAUAUUGCAAAGUUGAGUAUAACGGCCCAGGUAUACCCUUCCAAUGUACAUACGACUCCCUUCAGUGGAAGAGUUGCCUGGCAGUCGUUGUUGCCUAGAGUCUUUGGCACGAGCUUCCACUACCUUGACCAUGAAGAGUCCAAGGCUUUUGGAGGGAUGAUCGGUGGUGCUGCGAAGAUGUUCCAAGGUUUGGCAUUAGGCGAAGGACAUGAGAAGCACACUGAACUGGUGUCAACUCAGAACCGCAGCAACACGGCUUCCUACGGCUCUGGUCUGGUCGAGACACUCACAAAUUGGCUUCCCGAAUUGCGUCGUUUUCAAGGACGCAUGGAGCGCGCAUUGAAGCUGAAUCAUGAGGAUGCUUCAAGGGCCUACGUUGAGUACCUGAUCAAAAUCAGAAAGGCAUGUCAUUGUGGGAUUUGCACAUCCAAGGAAGAGGUCGAUAGUGAAAAAGAAGGGCUGCCACCAUCGCAUGGCUACUGCCUUGCCGUCAUCGUUGAAACGAUUAUCUCCUUGGGUCUGGUGCUCUCUAGGAUGACGGUGUCACCGGGAAUUUUCCCAUCCAGAGCAGGUAUUCAGAGUUUCUAUGCAGGUCAAGUCCAAAAGCGCAUGGAAGCACGAGGACUCCACUGGACUGAGCAUUUCAAGCUUGUCUAUGGUAAUGAAUGGAAUGCUCCAGCUGCCCGACGAUUGCAGAAUGCAGCGCAGAUCUUCGCCGGCUCCAGACCAGAGAAGGACUUGCCAGACAACCUCGUUGCUCUAUCGCACGAGGGUAUCUGUGCAUACUUCGUGGCGCUUGAAAAGAGGAGUAAAAUUGAUCUUAAGAAUCAAGUCAAAUUGAUUCGCAUAGUCUCGGGUGGUAUCGCCGUUCGCGAGAAGGUUUUUGACCGGGCGUGUAUGGGAGAGGUAACAGAUGCAGCCUUUGAUGAUCCUUGGGAGGAGGUAGCCCUUGAGCACCUUGAAGCAUCGUUGUAUUGUAAAUGA